GGCAGCAGUAUGUCCGAAACCAAAUCCAGCCAGCGGUUCCACAGCCUGAAUGCCGAGCAGGUGGAGGUUCUCCAUCAGGUCCUUUCCGAGGUGGUCCCUAUCCACGGACGUGGGAACUUCCCCACGCUGGAGCUGCGUCCUCGAGACAUCAUCAUAGCCGUGAGGACCAGGCUGCAGAAGCAGGGGAUCACUGUGAGAGAUGUGCGCCUGAACGGCUCCACGGCCAGUCACGUCCUCGUCCGAGACAACGGGACAAGCUACAAAGACCUGGACAUCAUCUUUGGAGUGGAGCUGCCUAGUCAGGAGGAGUUCCAGGUCAUUAAGGAGUCCGUGCUGGGCUGCUUGCUCGACUGCCUCCCUGCCGGCGUCAACAGGGAGCGGAUAAGCAGUGCGACAAUGAAGGAGGCCUACGUCCAGAAAAUGGUGAAGGUCUUCAAUGAGCACGACCGCUGGAGCCUCAUCUCCCUCUCAAACAACAGCGGCAAAAACCUGGAGCUGAAAUUCGUGAGCGUGCUGCGGAGGCAGUUUGAGUUCAGUGUUGACUCCUUCCAGAUCAUUCUGGAUCGCCUCCUGGAGUCCUACAUGCAGCAGGAGUCACGGCACAGAAAUAAUAGAGUUCUAGCAGAGAGCAUGUACGGUGACUUCAAGGCAGCCAUGGACCACCUGCGCUACCGCCUAAUCGCCACCAGGAACCCUGAGGAGAUUCGGGGUGGUGGCUUGUUAAAAUACAGCAACCUGUUGGUCAGGGACUACCGACCAGCCAGCGAGACUCAGAUAAAGACACUGGAGCGCUACAUGUGCUCACGCUUCUUCAUCGAUUUCCCUGAUGUGCAGGAGCAGCAGAGAAAGAUCCUAUCCUACUUGAAGAACCACUUCAUCGGCGAGGAGAGGAGCAAGUACCAGUACCUGAUGACGCUGCGCCGCGUGGUGGACGACAGCACGGUGUGUCUGAUGGGACACGAGAGGCGCCAGACACUGAAUAUGAUCACAGUGCUGGCGCUGAAGGUUCUAGGAGAGCAGAACAUUAUUCCCAACACAGACCAUGUGACAUGCUUCUACCAGCCUGCCCCUUACCUUGCAGAGCACAGUGCCCCCUAUCUAGCAGAACCCAGCUACUGCAGCUACUACAUACCCCAAGGGGGAUCAACUCUGCUUUACCAACCUUACCCCUUACACCUGCACACACAGACUGGACUAGUGUAA